AUGUCCACACGUGAUAGCAUUGGGAGCAGUGAGUCUAGCGAUAGUGAUGUGUUAGGAACAGGGAAUAGAUUCCUCGAGGACCAGGUCAAUGCGGUCAAUCAGAAUGUGGCCGCCGCUGAUAGUCACGUGCGAAGUAUAGCCGACGUCGAGAACAUGGACUUCAUCGACGACGGACGGAAUAGUGGAAGGACAGGAAUGGAGACGGAUAGCAAUGCUGAUAGAGAUCGUUUCGGCCUCAGCUUGUCAGGACCGCUUACUGUAGACGUUAGGUCGAGCGCUGCGGAUAGUAUGUUAGUGCCAGGGCCACCGCCAGGACUGCCGGAUAGAAGCUUGGAGAUCGUGGCGACGCUGGAUAGUGUGGGGAGGUCGGGAGGGCUGGGCUAUGCCGGGAUAGCGGGCGCGUCAAGCACUCAGGGGAGGGACCCAGGCGAAGAAUUGCGGGAGUUGCUCGCAGUCCCGUCAAUCGCAGGUAGAGGGGAUGCAGUGAUGCAGCUCAGCAUGCUUGCAAGCAGUCCUGUAGUAUUCGAUCCAGUCAUGGGAGCUACAGAUUUAAGUGAGUAUAGGGCCGGAAGAGGUGGGAUAGAGGCAGGAAAUGCUAGGACUCCGACGCUUGCUAUCGAGGAUCUGGCUGGAUUAGGUGGAAGGAUGGAAGAGGGGCCGUUCGCCAACCCCUCCGAGACUGUGCUCCACGGGACGGAUCAAGAGACGACGGGAGAUACCAAGGGAACCACCGGAUCCAGGAUAGAAAUCGCAAUAGAGGAUAGAGUGGAUAGCCUUGCAGUGUCAUCAUCGUCAGAUCACGAUAGGACGAUCAGGAGAAAUGAUGAUGGGAUAGAUGCAAUGAUGAAUAGUGGUGAGCUUGGUGCUGAAGGCGAUCGCAUGAGAAGUGCGGAUAGCGGACACUGGAUGGGCAGAAGGAAUGGAGACGACAUCGUUCCCGGAGUGUAUUCGAAUAGUGCGGCCAUGAUUGGGAAUGUCGGUAUCGAUCCUACAGAUCUGGAGUUGAUAGCCAAGGGAUCUUCAGCGGUAGCACGGAACAUGAUCAGUGAGAGCGAUGAUAGAGCGCUGUCUGUGUUUUCGUCAACAGGGCUGUCGGAGGCAUCGCCAGGCGGGAAUGUUGAAGCGUUGAAAGAUGUGGGGAUGGGUCAAACUUCGACGAUCGGAAUAGAGUGGGGAUCCCAUGGGAUCCGGAGUGCUCUCGAAGAAACGGGGGUCAUCACAGAUGCAGACUUCGUGAAGUUCUUCACGGAUCAGGCACCGGGCAAGAUGGAUGAGGGAAUGCGUAAGCAACGAGCAGAGCAGGCCGUUAAAGAAAUGAACAAGAUGGCCGGGAGCAUCCCCGCAGCAAAGAAGUCGAAGUCGACCGAGGUCGGAGGACCGAUCCAUCAGGCGGGAAUGAUCACCCCGGAUCAGGACAGCGAGGGAUGGGGCAACCGAUCCCCGGCCCCACGAUCCCCUGGGAUAGGUGGGCAGUACGAACAGUUCGUGAUCAAUACUCCUCCUGAAGGACGAGGCAGGGACGAUGAGAUGAGGGCAACAUCAUCCCCGCCAAGGCGGGCAAAGACGAGAACUCCUGCCGAUCCGGACAAGUCGUCGUUGGGAGAGAUAGACGGCAGGAUAGAUGACUUGCAGACGGUGGUUGUGGAUACGCAGACCGACGUAGCCAAGCUUAAGGUGGCAAGUGAAUGUGCAAGUGCAAUUGCCAAUAGCUCAGCGGAGAAGGCGGACGUCAUGAGCAAGAGAUUAGUGGAAUGCGAGGAGGAGGUGAAGCACUGGAAAGGGUGGAUAGAAUCGCAGCAGAUAGAUACGAAGACAACACUGUCGCAAGAGUUGAAAGAGAUGAGUCGGGUCAUGGACGGGAGCAUCAGCGAAGAUAGGAUGGAUGACGCAAUGGCCUCGCCGCUGACCGAGGGAGCCAUGCAGCUCGCACGGAGAAUGAGACGGCAGGUUGAAAAUGUGAAGGUACUCAAGACCUCUGUUACAACAAGGUUGAAGGGAGUGGAGGAGCGAAUAUCCACGGUGGAGCACUCAGCGGACGUGGUCAAACAGAGUACCGGGUCGAAGAUUACUACGAUAGAGACAGGGUUGAACGAGAUGAGACGCGGCAUAGGUGCAGUUUUCUCGAGCAUGCACGUGCGACAUGAGAAUGGAACAUGGAAGAGCGAGAGACUGGAUAAGGUAGAGACAGUCUUAAAUAGACACUGGGACCAGAUCAAGUUGGCAGGUGAGGAACUAAAGAAGCUGAAGUCCAAGGGGAGCCAGAACGCCGGAGUAGAUAAGGCAUCGUCAUCCCAUUGCAACACCCAAGGAAAAGGUCCUGGAUGUGGGUGCAGAGAGCCAGGCGAGGGUCACGGCACAUGCAUAGAUGGAGCAAUACGCAGCGAAACCAAGAAGCUGAGUGAAGUGGUCCUGGCGCAGAAGGAACACAUAAUGACCGUCGCGAGAGAGGUGAUAAAGAACCGCAAAAGCGUGGCUGAGAUUGUGGCGAACAUGACAAAGGUUCACGAGAAUUGUGAGAAUGUUGCGGCGAGAACCGAUCGGAUAGAUGAGAGGAGAAACGGAGAUCAAGCCUGGGUGAAGGACACCGUGCGAAAAAUGGAAAAGACAAUGGAAUCGAUGUCGAGCCGAAUGAUAGAUGAACAGAAGAGAGUUAUGGGCGAGUUUAUUCUGGUUAAUGCUCGAAUUGAUGAGAGUGCACGGAACGAAGGGGUAGGUAAGACACGAGGAAACAGCGCGGAGAUAGGAAAGCCGCCGACUAUGUCACGCGGGCGAGAUAGUCACGGUGGAGGUGGGGGAGCUGAUGGAAGAGCCAGGAGUGACAACGCUCGAGGAAUAGAAGCUUCGAGGACGGAGACGGUGGGCCCCGUGGUAGAUCGGAGGGUCGAGAAUAGAUGCAGUGUGUUAGAACAGCAGGUAAUCAAGAUCACUAGUCAAUUGCAGGGAUUGACCACUGUGAAUGAGCGAAUCGUGAGGGAGAACGCUGGUCUGCUCAGCGAGAUAGAAAGCAUGAAAGGGGAGAACAAAGGCGUAACGGAGUCGGUAGCGCGGAUGAUCCGGGAUAGUAGAGAUGAGGUAUCUAAAGUGAGAGCAGAUCUGGAUCUCCGAAGUAGGGAAUUGCUAGAGCUCAAAGAGAAGAACGAGCAGCUGGAAGCAGCGGUACGGGAAUAUGAACGGAGACUGGAGCAGGUGAAGCGAAAUGAUAGCAUCAAGGCUGAGCUGGAUAGCAUGUGGAGCAGAAUAGGUGAGAUCGCCAAGCAGAGCUCCGAGUAUGCGAUGCCGGCGCCGGCGGCGGGAGGUGCUUCGAACGCUGGCAAGUGCCGGUGCUACGCCUGCGCCAAGAACCCGGUCGGCGGAGGGUAUAGCAAGUUCAAGGACACUAGGGGGAUGGAGAAAUGCAACGAGAUCUCGAUAGCGAAGGAGCCAUCAUCCGGAGAAGUGGGAUUGUGGCUGGGCGAUGUUGCACAUACCGCAAAGGCUGCGUAUCUGUAUGAUGGGGAGUAUGCAUACACACAGGUACUGAAGGUACGUGAAAGGAGCGAAGCAAUGAUAGACAUGGAGCUCAAGUACCCUGCGCUAGAGAACCAGCUAUUUAGCGGAUUGAAGAGAGCGAUAAAGUCAGAGUCAUUAUCAGCGAAGGUGAAGAUGGAGAUGUACAAGACCCAGAAAGUGGGAGAUGGAAAACCGAUGACGGCCAUGAGAUUACUUACGCUGAUAGUGAAGCAUGUUGAGAUCCCGAUGGCUAAGGAGAGUCAGGUACUGUACGAUGGUCUGAGCAGCACGAAGGUCAUGCAUUUCCCAGGGAAGCCCGAAGAGGAGGCAAUGGAGGAAUUCAUGACUAGAUGGGAUCUGGCACACACGAACCUUGUAGGGCUCAAAGGCAACACCUGGAGCGAGCAACAGCUGGGGUGGAUGUUGCAUUCGAAGGUGCAGAGAGUUCAGGUGCUGAAUCACGAUAUUGAGGCUUGGAGAUUGCUUCCGGACGAGGCCAAGACGCAUACCUGGUUGCGAAAGAGAAUCAAGGAUAGACUGGAGAUGUGGAGAGCGGACAAGAACAUAGACGAGGCCUCAAUGUGGGUGAGCCGACAGGCGUUCUCGAGUGGAUAUGCGGCGAUGCCGGCUCAGCAGGGAUCAUAUAGAGUGGGAAUGGAUACGGAAGAGGAAUAUCCGUUGGCAGAGGAAGGGACGGACUUUCUCAGGCCAGCGAGGAAAGUCAGGUGUAUGCGGCCAUGCCUGUGGUACGACAAGGAGACGAUGGAGGCAAAGGCAAGGCUACGAGGAAUAUCCCUAGCCGAAGAGGUCGUGCUGGACAUACUUGCCGGAGAGCAAGGCGAGGAAGGUAAGGAUGCUUCAAGACUGGCUGAUAGGAUAGUGGAGGAAUGCAGGAGAAUAGGUAUAGUCGACGAGAGAUUCCGCGUGGAUAGUCGAGAGGAUAGUCAACCGGCGGCGUCUGCACAGCAUUGUUUGCCAUCGGUAAUGAGACGAUGGAUGAUCGACUCGGGGUGUGCUAUGGAUCUGAUAGCAGAAGCAGACCUCACCCAGGAUGAAAAAGAUAUGGCUAUUGAGGCGAAGAAAGUGCGGUUCAACACCGCCAACGGCAACACCACGUCAAAGCAAGAAAUAUGCAUGGAUAUUCAAGGGAUGCCUGAGACGAUGAGGAUUAGAAUGCUCGAGAGUACUCCCGCUGUUCUAUCGAUGGGGAGGAGAUGUAUGAAAAUGGGAUAUUCGUUCCAUUGGCUGGCGGGCGCGAACCCCGUGUUCGUCAAGCCUGAUUCGAGCUUGAUAGUACUAAAAGUCAUCGGGGAUAUCCCAUACAUGGUGGAUAGAAUGUCAACGGUCGUUAGUGAAAGUGAGCGGAGUGACUAUCACAUCUAUCCUGCUAUGCCAGCGCCUCUUGCGAUUGAAUUGCCCGUGCGAGGAAAUUCCAGUCCGAGGAGGAUCGGAGAGAAACAGGAUGAAUGUAGUCCCAAAAGCGUGGACUCGGACACGGAUAGAGACAUCGAGGAGGAACCGAUAGGAAAGGCCGCCAACGACGACGGGAGGCUACUAGACAAGUGGAUGUUAACGGGUAAUAAGGCGGUGUGUUUCCACAACAAACCAAGAACGAAGGCUUGCGAUCCAUGGUUUGAAACACUGAGAUUCCCAGAGAUACAUGCACUUGUGCCGCGAUUCGCCGAGAGAUGUAGAUCCAAACGUGUGUACAAAGAUGGCAAAACCGUGGCGGAAUGGAUAGACUGGGUGGAUAAGUACAGUGAGGGAGAGAAUAGAGAAGCGGAGGAGGAAUUGUGGACCGGCAAAACCAUGUUCAAGAUAGAAGGACUAACCUAUGAAGGAGCGGACGCCGGGGAAGCGGCACAGAGCGAUAGCGUGAAGGUGAGAAAACACAUUUUGAAUAGAAUGGCUGCGGACGAAACCACGGGGCUAGACGACUUACUAAUGAUGUUAGACAAGAACAUUGGUACUGGUGGCGAGGCAGAAACGCUUGUCGAGAUAGCCAGAUGUUUGUGGCCGCUUGCUCCACAAGAGAUACUUGACGGCGGAAAGGAGUGUCGUGACGACGACAUCAUCAUACUGCGCGUGUGCAUGCUUGUGGUGAUAGGAAAGGACCCCGAAACAUAUUGGGAUGAGACGCCAGAUGGAGGACCAGGGACCGGAGCGACGAACGAUGGCGAUGAUAGAAGCAAGGGCGAGAUGAGCGAGUCACAAAACUGGUCGGAGUGGGCACCGGGAUUAGUGCGAGCCAUCAAGGAGACUAUGCGUAAGCACCACCGAAUUUCAUCAGUGGUCGAAAAGGGGAUAGACGAGAGGAAUAGGGAGACAACGACAGAACAAGACGAUGGUGACGGUCGACUGAGAACGACGUUCUACUGCGCCGCGUGUAAGGCCGAUUCAUCCGGGGUAUGCGGUUUUUGUGAAAGAGCUUUGAGUCCUGAGCAGAUUGAGGCGGGGCAAAGCGCACGCAAUAUGACGGAUGCGGAGUUUCAGCUCAUCCACGGAAUGAAGAAGAGUCCGGAUGACGACCUAAGGAUCGCGGAGCAAGUCGUCGCUGUACCCGGCGAGGAAGAAAGCGCCGAAAACGGAGGCGAAUUGGAUGAUGAUAUAGAUUUGCCAGGAAUAGCCGAUGAAGAACAGGCUAGAAGAGGAGUGGGAGAGCCUCAGAAGGAUGAUAGCGCCGGUGACAUGGGAGAAGUGGAACAAGCAAAGGCAGAAGACAGACCUGCGGAUCAGGUUCGAGUUGCGGAUAGAAUUGGCGAAGGGAUAGGGUCGAGCAAAACUGUGAGCAUCCGGAGAGCAAGAUACUCACCGGAGUAUGCAAAAUCGACGGAACAUUUGCUCACGCAUCUCCCAAAGAACAUGCACUGCGUUGCUUGUCGACAAGGCAAAGCAAUAAACGUCCCCUUCAACAGGGGCGAAGGCAUCACAGACAAGGGCGCCGAGAAGUUCGGGGAGAGGGUCACUGCUGACACGAUAGUUCUUCGCAGCAACAAAGACAAGGGAAUCCGCGGAGAAAACAAUGCAAUCGUGAUGUUCGACUUCAAGACACAGUGGGUACACUGCACGCCCGUAAAGUCCAGGGGAACGGAUGAGUUUGUGCGAGCUAUCAAUGAGUUCCGAGGCCCAGAUAUGGUAGUGCAUCUGUACGCAGACGGAGCCGGUGAAUUCUCAAAAGCCUGCGACGUCAUAGGAACUUGCAGGGCGACUUCUACACCCGGAUUACCCCGAACGAAUAGCAUAGCGGAGCUCAAGGUCAAAGAAGUAAUCUACGGUGGCAGAGUAUUGCUGAGACAAGCAGGACUAGAACCGAAGUGGUGGCCGUACGCUGUGCAGACGUUCUGCUUCCAUAGGAACGUACAACAAGUGGACGGGGUAAGCCCGUACGGGAAAAGACAUGGCAACGAGCAAGACAAAGUGAAACUGAUUCCUUUCGGGGCACUUGUUAACUACCUCCCCAUUGCCGAAAAGCCUAGAAAAGCUGGCAAAGAGGACGCGGCCCUGCUCGAACGGGGGGAUCCUGAAAAUGACGCUCUUGAGAUUCUCGGAGCUGAUGAAGAUGUUUCGAGCAUGGCCUUGCCCUCUGAAACGAAGGAAACUAAAGAACAACGCUUGCAAAGGGAGGAAGAGCUGAGAGAGAUCGAUAGACGUGCGCUCGACAUGGUCAUGACGCAGGACUUUGAUGUGCAGCAUGCAAAGGACAUCAUCCUGAAGUUCACUUCGAUAGAAAAAGGAAUAGCGAAGAAUUCGCGGAGCAUGGCCACCGGUAGAGGGUUCAUAGUCCUGGGGCUGUAUGCGUACGGAGGAAAGGUUGGCGUUACGAAUAGUGCCAAAGAAUAUCCGGGGAUAGCCAUGGUGUGCUGCGAGCUGAUAGCAAAAUGCUUCCCAGAAGCUACUUUUACAACGGUGAUUGUGUCUGUCGGAACCAGGAUGGGGCCUCACAAGGACAAGUUUAACGAGAGCCAGACAUACAACUUUGUUGUACCGGUAAGCGAGAGGGCGGGCGAAGCUAUGAUCUGGACAGAAGAGGAACAGUGUGCGAGUGAGGGUGGCAAGGCCGCCGGGAUAGAGAAAGAGGUGCUUCCGGGAAAAUGGAUAUGGGGAAGGACUCGGAAGGUGGAUAGUGGGCUAAAGUUCAAUCCAAGAGUUUGGCAUGCUACCGAAGAUGCCUUGGCGCCGGAGGAUAGAGUGAUAGCGGUGGGAUAUACCCUGGCAGCGGGUAAAAAGGCAUCUGUGGACGACAAGUGGAAGUUGAUGAGGCUGGGCUUCAGAUUGGAUGAGCACUUUGCGACGUUAGCGGAUGGCUUAUGCCAGGCAGCGUGUGCAGACGAUGGUGGGGAUGGGGAAGAAUAUGUAGAUCACGACGCCGAGGAAGAGCAAGCGUAUGCCAUGGCAUCCAAGGCGAAGUUCGACACUCCGACAUCACCCGGAUUGUUCCUAGGUUACGCGCUCCAACCAGGGGGUGUUCCGAGCGGAGACUAUAUAGUGGUUGAGCUGGCGCACCUGUAUCACGGAUGGACGGUACCGUCGAUACACCGCGUGAAGAGGAUAGUACUUGACGAGGAGAUGCCCAACUACUUCCCGACGCAAGCUGUGGCUGAUAGGAAGUCGAGAAUCAUGACAGCGACUCGAGCUGAUGCCCUGGCCAGAUUGGAACUGGAGAGAGAGGGGCAGCAAGGAGAGGAGACGGAGGAAAUCUUCGCAGAGGAGAGAAGGGUACGAGCCGAUGUGAUGAGACAAAUUAAGUGCGACGAUCAGCAUCUUCAAAACGGGGAUUUCUGGGAACAUGAUGAGAUAGACCAUUCGUGGACGCUUCAUCACAUCUUACCCCGAAAGGAGCUGUGUACCCCAGGCGAGGAGGUCAAAGGUACAGGUGGCCCCGGGGAUAGAGAGCUGGGUCCAAGGAGGCGAACGGGGAUAGUGUACGCCGAUGGUACAUCGGAGGUGCUGGAUGAGGAUAGAAUGAAGGGCAAGAAGAAGAUCACCAAGAAAUGGACGGGGUGCACUACGUUCUGGGAAAAGGGGGAGCCUGAGGGAGAGAUAGAUGAUGAAGCCAAGGAGCGGGCGCGGGGAGAGAAGGCGACGGGUAUACGGGGGGUGGGUUUAGACUACGAACAAGACAUGCCCAGAAUAGAGCGGCCGUACGCGAGAUCUCACAAACCCAACUCCAUUUCGUCAGCAGAGUGGAAUAGGAUGAGCCCGGGACAGCGACUACGUUAUAUCGAGGGAGACAAAGAGAGGAUCAUCAGAGGAGAGAGGCCCCCUUCGGCCGUUCGAGGGCAAGAGGAAAUAGGACCGCGUCCCGCAGAAAUUGGAGUUCGAGAAUGGAUGGAGAAAAUCACCGACCAUGGCCAGGAAUUCUCACCGCCGGAGUACCGAUGGGAUCCCCCACCGGGAAUGCCUGAGGGUGGCCGAGUAUGGGCAGUAAGAAACAAUCGCGCCACAUCCUACCGAUUCUAUGGCGGAAGGGACAAAAGACGGCUUGAGCUCUGGUGGAGGGUCACUCGGAGCGCUAAUACUGGAGAGGUCUUAGAAUCCAUUGAGUACGACUCUUGUAUACAGGCAGAGAUGAUGCGCAAUAGAGGGAGAUACCGAUUCGUUGUGCCCAGGGACAUCAUCACGGAGUUCUGGUACAUCCCCGACGGAGGAGAAGACCGACGAAUCAGGGAUAGAGGAGAAUCAGCAGAACCUGCUGCACCGGCGUCCAGGAUGGGGGAUACUGAGGAGGUUACGAAAACCAUCAACCAAUUGUGCAGCACAGCUGGAAUAGCGCGAACACCGUCCGACAACAUCAUUGGGGAAAUGAUGAGGGAGUUGGGCGAACAGCCUAAAGUGCAGAUCAUGGAGGUCGGAUUAGAAGAGAUCGGGGGUAACGGAGGUGAGAACGUAUCUUGGAUAUCGGGGGAAGGAUGCGUGAUAGGAGAGGGUGUGACGGAUGUGGUCAUUGCUAUCGAUGCGUCUAGCGACGGCAUGAGGACAGAGGUUGAUCGGAAGGCAUCCGGGUGGAGACGUGAGGAAGGCCUAGAUAGUACGCGAGAGGCUCGAGAAAGAGUAUUUGGCAAUGUAGAAAAGGUUAUCACAGACGCCAACAGCAGAGGAAUAGUGGCCACGAUCAUCUGGAUAGGCGGUAAAAGUCGAAUGGCUGACGAGACCAUUGUUCGAAUGGCGCUUGCCUGGGACAUGUGGAUAGUGCGGAGUGAUGGAUGCAUGCUGGGUAUGCAUGACGGGGUAGACGCCUCGUGUUACAUAGGAGUCGUCACACCAUGCAUGAUGAAUGCGAUCGCGGCGGACAUGUUAGCAUGCGAUCACAUGCCAAGGGAUCAUGACUUGAUGUCGCGCAUAGUGAGGACAUCGGACGCGAAAAUAGACGUACGGCGAGAGCAGGAGGGUAAAGCGAUACGCGAAAUGAUCAAGGUGUUAAAGGACGUGAUAGACAUCUGCGGCGAGGAAGAGGGUGAUUCGGUGUCGAUGGCAUGUGAAGAACACGGGGGAGGCUAUCUCGGAUAUAGCAGUGGUAUGGUGACACUGGACGUGGACUCCUUGGCACAGCUGGAAAAGGGAACGAUUAGAGGCGACGAGAACUAUGCUGCUGCGGCGGCCGAGGAUGGGGCACCAUACAUCAGUCGUGAGGAGAUCAGAUGGAAAAGAUGCAUAGUUAUGAACAAUCCUGGCCGAGAGGCAUUGAGGGAGAUCUUCGGACCACGAGCGAAACACACACAAGAUCUGCGCGUGAUCCUGGUUGACGGCGACGACAUAGGCAAGGUUAUGAUGACGAAGCAGAACAGUCGCCGCAUCAGACAUAGCACCGGAGGGGCCGCAGUAGCUUACCCUGGAGAAGAGCUUGAGGUGGGAGACCUGAACGGGGACGGAUGGAUGAUAGUGCUGACCGGGGAGAGGGAGAACCACGACGCAGAUCGGCGCCAUGACCAAGAUAGAGAGGAAAACCCCGGAUUCGACGACCAGAGCGAUGUGUUUGACUCGGAAGGAUGGACGUUGUCAGACCUAGAAGAGGAACGGGAACCGGUGGAUGAGGCGUUCUUCAGGGCCGGACACGCCGAAACCAUUAACCUCGAAACUAUGGAGAAGGGCGAAUGCAACAUAGUCAUGUGGGAGGCAGAGAGGAACGCACUAGUCCUCGAACUAAAGGACGACAUCCAUGUUCCACUGAUAGGAUACACCUGGGUUCGUACUGGGAUAGCGUAUCCGGAAGAUCCUGGCACCAGUGUAAGAGUGUCUGCGCUCGGGCAGCUUGUGGCAGAAACCAUGUGCGACGUCAUAGGAUACGAGGUAUCACCCGAGCGAGAGAUCCUGGUGGCUAUACAGAAUAGAAAUAGCUUUCCCAUCACGUUUGGAGGAGGAGGGGGGCCAAUCAUGAGAAUGGAAUUCGCUAAGGGAGUAUGUCUACGGCCGAGGAUGCGCGGGUGCAUGAUGCCUGAGAACGUGAAGGAAGUGAGACAUCGUAGGGCACAUCGGGAGAGCAAGAAAGCAAUCUGGGCAAGGGAGGCCCGUGCGAGGGAAAGAGACAGGGAUAGUGUGGAUCAUGGGCUGAGAGCAAGGAGGAGUAGAGAUGAGGAUAGGCGGCGAAUCGGCAUCAAGCAUGUCUCGAAUAGGACAUACAAGUGCCGAGAAUGUCGACGACUGUUGGAGGGAAAAGCCAAGGUACCUAGCUUGAUCCUCACGUCGAUGACGCUUUGCUUCGCAUGCUUCAUGAACAAGCAUACUACACCCGUCGAUAAUUUGAUCCGGCAGGGUUAUCAGACUGAAGACGAGGAGUAUGGAGAUGGAAUAGUCGCAGUCCCUGCUAUACAGGUGGAUGCAGAUCAAGAGGAUAGUUGGGAAGAGGUUGCGGAAAAUGAAGUGUGUGAUAGCAUCGACGAGACAGUGGGAGAGUGUGAGCCACUAAUGGCCACAAUCAUAGAGGACGAAGAGGAGGACAUCGAGGAAGUUUUCGGACUUGUCGCUAGACCCGUGACGAAGGCUGAGAGGGCGAUCAACCCCAAGGCUCGGGCAGCGCUUGAUAAAGAAUGGAAAAAGCUGAUGGAUCAAGUGGUCUGGAUAAUGGAGGAGGUGCGUUCGUGGAAGGACGUACAACGGGAGGCAAUGGAUAGAGGGGAAAUAGCUCAUGUAGGUCGAUGGGAGAAGCUGGCGAAGAGAAUCAAGCUCGAAGAGCCACGAAGUAUGGGCAGAUACUUGGGAUGCUUGCACACGGCUAGCGCGAUACCUUUUCGGUCGCCGUUUGAGCCGAGACACGAGUGGACGAAGAUCAUCGAGCCCAAGAAGGAACCGCCUAAUUUCGCGGGGAAGGCCGAGGCGAAGGAAGAUAGUCCAGAUGAGAUCAGGAUCCUUCGAUAUGAUGUUACCGAUUUCAUGAAGCAGUGUGUGGAUAGAUAUCAAGUGAACGAAAUUAUGGGGAUAGCCAAGUACGAGCUGCCGGAUGAGGGGCCGGGAGUGUUGAAAGAGCACGCCCCUGCGGUACUCAUGAAGAUCUUGUAUGGGGCCAGAGUCGGAAGGUAUGACCUACUGCGACCGGUACAGGUUCUGGCGUCGAGGCUGACGACCUGGACACAUCUCUGUGACAAGAGAAUGCAUAGACUGAUCUCAUACAUCAACGAGACGACCACAACGAGCCUCUACGGAUGGGUCGGGGAUAGGAUAGGAGACAUCCGUCUUGUGCUGUACGAUGGCCUGAGUAGCACGAAGGUGAUGAACUUCCCGGGGAAGCCCGAAGAGGAGGCACUGGAGGAGUUCAUGACUAGAUGGGAUCUGGCGCACACGAACCUUAUAGGGCUGAAAGGCAAUACCUGGAGCGAGCAACAGCUGGGAUGGAUGUUGCAUUCGAAAGUGCAGAGAGUUCAGGUGCUCAACCACGAUAUUGAGGCAUGGAGAUUGCUUCCGGACGAGGCCAAGACGCAUACCUGGCUGCGAAAGAGAAUCAAGGAUAGACUGGAGAUGUGGAGAGCGGACAAGAACAUAGACGAGGCCUCAAUGCGGGUGAGCCGACAGGCAUUCACGAGUGGGUACGCUGCGAUGCCGGCUCAGCAGGGAUCGUAUAGAGCGGAAGAGGUCCUCAAGAAGGUAUAUGCGGCCAUGCCUGUGGUACGACAAGGGGAUGAUAGCGCCGAAGGACACACAGCCGACAAGAUGGUACGAAAAUGCAAAAACGUACACAAGAAGGGGUAUGAACAUGAUGUGAAACGAUAUCCCGUGAUUGAAGAGGCAAAGGCAAGGCUGCGCGGGAUAUCUCUGGCCGAAGAGGUCGUGCUGGACAUACUAGCCGGGGAGCAAGGCGAGGAAGGUAAGGAUGCAUCAAGAUUGGCUGACAGGAUAGUGGAGGAAUGCAGGAGAAUAGGUAUAGUCGACGAGAGGUUCCGCGUGGAAAGUCGAGAGGAUAGUCAGCCGGCGGCAUCAGCACAGCAUUGCUUGCCACCGGUAAUGAGACGAUGGAUGAUAGACUCGGGAUGCGCUAUGGAUCUCAUAGCAGAAGCAGACCUCACCCAGGACGAAAAAGAUAUGGCCAUUGAGGCGAAGAAAGUGAGGUUCAACACCGCCAACGGCAACACCACGUCAAAGCAAGAGAUCUGCAUGGAUAUACAAGGGAUGCCUGAGACAAUGAGGAUUAGAAUGCUCGAGAGUACUCCCGCUGUUCUGUCGAUGGGGAGGAGAUGUAUGAAAAUGGGAUAUUCAUUUCAUUGGCUGGCGGGUGCUAACCCCGUGUUCGUCAAACCGGAUUCGAGCUUGAUAGUACUAAAAGUCAUCGGGGAUAUCCCAUACAUGGUGGAUAGAAUGUCAACGGUCGUUAGUGAAAGUGAGCGGAGUGACUAUCACAUCUAUCCUGCUAUGCCAGCGCCUCUUGCGAUUGAAUUGCCCAUGCGAGGAAAUUCCAGUCCGAGGAGGAUCGGAGAGAAACAGGAUGAAUGUAGUCCCAAAAGCGUGGACUCGGACACGGAUAGAGACAUCGAGGAGGAACCGAUAGGAAAGGCCGCCAACGACGACGAGAGGCUACUAGACAAAUGGAUGUUAACGGGUAAUAAGGCGGUGUGUUUCCACAACAAACCAAGAACGAAGGCUUGCGAUCCAUGGUUUGAAACACUGAGAUUCCCAGAGAUACAUGCACUUGUGCCGCGAUUCGCCGAGAGAUGUAGAUCCAAACGUGUGUACAAAGAUGGCCAAACCGUGGCGGAAUGGAUAGACUGGGUGGAUAAGUACAGUGAGGGAGAGAAUAGAGAAGCGGAGGAGGAAUUGUGGACCGGCAAAACCAUGUUCAAGAUAGAAGGACUAACUUAUGAAGGAGCGGAUGCCGGGGAAGCGGCACAGAGCGAUAGCGUGAAGGUGAGAAAGCACAUUUUGGACAGGAUAGCCACGGAUGAAACCACGGAUGAAACCACGGGGUUAAAUCACCUGCUGAUGAUGCUGGACAAGACCAUUGGUACCAGCGGCGAGGCCGAAACGCUAGUCCGGAUAGCCAAGUCGAGGAAUGGACCGGAGAGGUGGGGAUACUCAUUUAUCAGUUGGGCACAGAAGCAGGAAUGCCGUGACGACGAUAUCAUCAUACUGCGCGUGUGCAUGCUUGUGGUGAUAGGAAAGGACCCCGAGACGAAUUGGGAUGAUACGCCAGAAGGGGGAUACGCAUCAUUGUGGGCGACAGAAGAAUGGGAUAGGACAGGGACCGGAGAGACGAACGAUGCGAGUGAUAGAAGCAAGGGCGAGAUGAGCGAGUCACAAAACUGGUCGGAGUGGGCACCGGGAUUAGUGCGAGCCAUCAAGGAGACUAUGCGUAAGCACCACCGAAUUUCAUCAGUGGUCGAAAAGGGGAUAGACGAGAGGAAUAGGGAGACAACGGCAGAACAAGACGAUGGUGACGGUCGACUGAGAACGACGUUCUACUGCGCCGCGUGUAAGGCCGAUUCAUCCGGGGUAUGCGGUUUUUGUGAAAGAGCUUUGAGUCCUGAGCAGAUUGAGGCGGGGCAAAGCGCACGCAAUAUGACGGAUGCGGAGUUUCAGCUCAUCCACGGAAUGAAGAAGAGUCCGGAUGACGACCUAAGGAUCGCGGAGCAAGUCGUCGCUGUACCCGGCGAGGAAGAAAGCGCCGAAAACGGAGGCGAAUUGGAUGAUGAUAUAGAUUUGCCAGGAAUAGCCGAUGAAGAACAGGCUAGAAGAGGAGUGGGAGAGCCUCAGAAGGAUGAUAGCGCCGGUGACGUGGGAGAAGUGGAACAAGCAAAGGCAGAAGACGGACCUGCGGAUCAGGUUCGAGUUGCGGAUAGAAUUGGCGAAGGGAUAGGGUCGAGCAAAACUGUGAGCAUCCGGAGAGCAAGAUACUCACCGGAGUAUGCAAGAUCGACGGAACAUUUGCUCACGCAUCUCCCAAAGAACAUGCACUGCGUUGCUUGUCGACAAGGCAAAGCAAUAAACGUCCCCUUCAACAGGGGCGAAGGCAUCACAGACAAGGGCGCCGAGAAGUUCGGGGAGAGGGUCACUGCUGACACGAUAGUUCUUCGCAGCAACAAAGACAAGGGAAUCCGCGGAGAAAACAAUGCAAUCGUGAUGUUCGACUUCAAGACACAGUGGGUACACUGCACGCCCGUAAAGUCCAGGGGAACGGAUGAGUUUGUGCGAGCUAUCAAUGAGUUCCGAGGCCCAGAUAUGGUAGUGCAUCUGUACGCAGACGGAGCCGGUGAAUUCUCAAAAGCCUGCGACGUCAUAGGAACUUGCAGGGCGACUUCUACACCCGGAUUACCCCGAACGAAUAGCAUAGCGGAGCUCAAGGUCAAAGAAGUAAUCUACGGUGGCAGAGUAUUGCUGAGACAAGCAGGACUAGAACCGAAGUGGUGGCCGUACGCUGUGCAGACGUUCUGCUUCCAUAGGAACGUACAACAAGUGGACGGGGUAAGCCCGUACGGGAAAAGACAUGGCAACGAGCAAGACAAAGUGAAACUGAUUCCUUUCGGGGCACUUGUUAACUACCUCCCCAUUGCCGAAAAGCCUAGAAAAGCUGGCAAAGAGGACGCGGCCCUGCUCGAACGGGGGGAUCCUGAAAAUGACGCUCUUGAGAUUCUCGGAGCUGAUGAAGAUGUUUCGAGCAUGGCCUUGCCCUCUGAAACGAAGGAAACUAAAGAACAACGCUCGCAAAGGGAGGAAGAGCUGAGAGAGAUCGAUAGACGUGCGCUCGACAUGGUCAUGACGCAGGACUUUGAUGUGCAGCAUGCAAAGGACAUCAUCCUGAAGUUCACUUCGAUAGAAAAAGGAAUAGCGAAGAAUUCGCGGAGCAUGGCCACCGGUAGAGGGUUCAUAGUCCUGGGGCUGUAUGCGUACGGAGGAAAGAUUGGCGUUACGAAAAGUGCCAAAGAAUAUCCGGGGAUAGCCAUGGUGUGCUGCGAGCUGAUAGCAAAAUGCUUCCCAGAAGCUACUUUUACAACGGUGAUUGUGUCUGUCGGAACCAGGAUGGGGCCUCACAAGGACAAGUUUAACGAGAGCCAGACAUACAACUUUGUUGUACCGGUAAGCGAGAGGGCGGGCGAAGCUAUGAUCUGGACAGAAGAGGAACAGUGUGCGAGUGGGGGUGGCAAGGCCGCCGGGAUAGAGAAAGAGGUGCUUCCGGGAAAAUGGAUAUGGGGAAGGACUCGGAAGGUGGAUAGUGGGCUAAAGUUCAAUCCAAGAGUUUGGCAUGCUACCGAAGAUGCCUUGGCGCCGGAGGAUAGAGUGAUAGCGGUGGGAUAUACCCUGGCAGCGGGUAAAAAGGCAUCUGUGGACGACAAGUGGAAGUUGAUGAGGCUGGGCUUCAGAUUGGAUGAGCACUUUGCGACAUUAGCGGAUGGCUUAUGCCAGGCAGCGUGUGCAGACGAUGGUGGGGAAGGGGAAGAAUAUGUAGAUCACGACGCCGAGGAAGAGCAAGCGUAUGCCAUGGCAUCCAAGGCGAAGUUCGACACUCCGGCGUCACCCGGAUUGUUCCUAGGUUACGCGCUCCAACCAGGGGGUGUUCCGAGCGGAGACUAUAUAGUGGUUGAGCUGGCGCACCUGUAUCACGGAUGGACGGUACCGUCGAUACACCGCGUGAAGAGGAUAGUACUUGACGAGGAGAUGCCCAACUACUUCCCGAUGCAAGCUGUGGCUGAUAGGAAGUCGAGAAUCAUGACAGCGACUCGAGCUGAUGCCCUGGCCAGAUUGGAACUGGAGAGAGAGGGGCAGCAAGGAGAGGAGACGGAGGAAAUCUUCGCAGAGGAGAGAAGGGUACGAGCCGAUGUGAUGAGACAAAUUAAGUGCGACGAUCAGCGUCUUCAAAACGGGGAUUUCUGGGAACAUGAUGAGAUAGACCAUUCGUGGACGCUUCAUCACAUCUUACCCCGAAAGGAGCUGUGUACCCCAGGCGAGGAGGUCAAAGGUACAGGUGGCCCCGGGGAUAGAGAGCUGGGUCCAAGGAGGCGAACGUGGAUAGUGUACGCCGAUGGUACAUCGGAGGUGCUGGAUGAGGAUAGAAUGAAGGGCAAGAAGAAGAUCACCAAGAAAUGGACGGGGUGCACUACGUUCUGGGAAAAGGGGGAGCCUGAGGGAGAGAUAGAUGAUGAAGCCAAGGAGCGGGCGCGGGGAGAGAAGGCGACGGGUAUACGGGGGGUGGGUUUAGACUACGAACAAGACAUGCCCAGAAUAGAGCGGCCGUACGCGAGAUCUCACAAACCCAACUCCAUUUCGUCAGCAGAGUGGAAUAGGAUGAGCCCGGGACAGCGACUACGUUAUAUCGAGGGAGACAAAGAGAGGAUCAUCAGAGGAGAGAGGCCCCCUUCGGCCGUUCGAGGGCAAGAGGAAAUAGGACCGCGUCCCGCAGAAAUUGGAGUUCGAGAAUGGAUGGAGAAAAUCACCGACCAUGGCCAGGAAUUCUCACCGCCGGAGUACCGAUGGGAUCCCCCACCGGGAAUGCCUGAGGGUGGCCGAGUAUGGGCAGUAAGAAACAAUCGCGCCACAUCCUACCGAUUCUAUGGCGGAAGGGACAAAAGACGGCUUGAGCUCUGGUGGAGGGUCACUCGGAGCGCUAAUACUGGAGAGGUCUUAGAAUCCAUUGAGUACGACUCUUGUAUACAGGCAGAGAUGAUGCGCAAUAGAGGGAGAUACCGAUUCGUUGUGCCCAGGGACAUCAUCACGGAGUUCUGGUACAUCCCCGACGGAGGAGAAGACCGACGAAUCAGGGAUAGAGGAGAAUCAGCAGAACCUGCUGCACCGGCGUCCAGGAUGGGGGAUACUGAGGAGGUUACGAAAACCAUCAACCAAUUGUGCAGCACAGCUGGAAUAGCGCGAACACCGUCCGACAACAUCAUUGGGGAAAUGAUGAGGGAGUUGGGCGAACAGCCUAAAGUGCAGAUCAUGGAGGUCGGAUUAGAAGAGAUCGGGGGUAACGGAGGUGAGAACGUAUCUUGGAUAUCGGGGGAAGGAUGCGUGAUAGGAGAGGGUGUGACGGAUGUGGUCAUUGCUAUCGAUGCGUCUAGCGACGGCAUGAGGACAGAGGUUGAUCGGAAGGCAUCCGGGUGGAGACGUGAGGAAGGCCUAGAUAGUACGCGAGAGGCUCGAGAAAGAGUAUUUGGCAAUGUAGAAAAGGUUAUCACAGACGCCAACAGCAGAGGAAUAGUGGCCACGAUCAUCUGGAUAGGCGGUAAAAGUCGAAUGGCUGACGAGACCAUUGUUCGAAUGGCGCUUGCCUGGGACAUGUGGAUAGUGCGGAGUGAUGGAUGCAUGCUGGGUAUGCAUGACGGGGUAGACGCCUCGUGUUACAUAGGAGUCGUCACACCAUGCAUGAUGAAUGCGAUCGCGGCGGACAUGUUAGCAUGCGAUCACAUGCCAAGGGAUCAUGACUUGAUGUCGCGCAUAGUGAGGACAUCGGACGCGAAAAUAGACGUACGGCGAGAGCAGGAGGGUAAAGCGAUACGCGAAAUGAUCAAGGUGUUAAAGGACGUGAUAGACAUCUGCGGCGAGGAAGAGGGUGAUUCGGUGUCGAUGGCAUGUGAAGAACACGGGGGAGGCUAUCUCGGAUAUAGCAGUGGUAUGGUGACACUGGACGUGGACUCCUUGGCACAGCUGGAAAAGGGAACGAUUAGAGGCGACGAGAACUAUGCUGCUGCGGCGGCCGAGGAUGGGGCACCAUACAUCAGUCGUGAGGAGAUCAGAUGGAAAAGAUGCAUAGUUAUGAACAAUCCUGGCCGAGAGGCAUUGAGGGAGAUCUUCGGACCACGAGCGAAACACACACAAGAUCUGCGCGUGAUCCUGGUUGACGGCGACGACAUAGGCAAGGUUAUGAUGACGAAGCAGAACAGUCGCCGCAUCAGACAUAGCACCGGAGGGGCCGCAGUAGCUUACCCUGGAGAAGAGCUUGAGGUGGGAGACCUGAACGGGGACGGAUGGAUGAUAGUGCUGACCGGGGAGAGGGAGAACCACGACGCAGAUCGGCGCCAUGACCAAGAUAGAGAGGAAAACCCCGGAUUCGACGACCAGAGCGAUGUGUUUGACUCGGAAGGAUGGACGUUGUCAGACCUAGAAGAGGAACGGGAACCGGUGGAUGAGGCGUUCUUCAGGGCCGGACACGCCGAAACCAUUAACCUCGAAACUAUGGAGAAGGGCGAAUGCAACAUAGUCAUGUGGGAGGCAGAGAGGAACGCACUAGUCCUCGAACUAAAGGACGACAUCCAUGUUCCACUGAUAGGAUACACCUGGGUUCGUACUGGGAUAGCGUAUCCGGAAGAUCCUGGCACCAGUGUAAGAGUGUCUGCGCUCGGGCAGCUUGUGGCAGAAACCAUGUGCGACGUCAUAGGAUACGAGGUACCUAGCUUGAUCCUCACGUCGAUGACGCUUUGCUUCGCAUGCUUCAUGAACAAGCAUACUACACCCGUUGAUAAUUUGAUCCGGCAGGGUUAUCAGACUGAAGACGAGGAGUAUGGAGAUGGAAUAGUCGCAGUCCCUGCUAUACAGGUGGAUGCAGAUCAAGAGGAUAGUUGGGAAGAGGUUGCGGAAAAUGAAGUGUGUGAUAGCAUCGACGAGACAGUGGGAGAGUGUGAGCCACUGAUGGCCACAAUCAUAGAGGACGAAGAGGAGGACAUCGAGGAAGUUUUCGGACUUGUCGCUAGACCCGUGACGAAGGCUGAGAGGGCGAUCAACCCCAAGGCUCGGGCAGCGCUUGAUAAAGAAUGGAAAAAGCUGAUGGAUCAAGUGGUCUGGAUAAUGGAGGAGGUGCGUUCGUGGAAGGACGUUCAACGGGAGGCAAUGGAUAGAGGGGAAAUAGCUCAUGUAGGAUGGGAGAAGCUGGCGAAGAGAAUCAAGCUCGAAGAGCCACGAAGUAUGGGCAGAUACUUGGGAUGCUUGCACACGGCUAGCGCGAUACCUUUUCGGUCGCCGUUUGAGCCGAGACACGAGUGGACGAAGAUCAUCGAGCCCAAGAAGGAACCGCCUAAUUUCGUGGGGAAGGCCGAGGCGAAGGAAGAUAGUCCAGAUGAGAUCAGGAUCCUUCGAUAUGAUGUUACCGAUUUCAUGAAGCAGUGUGUGGAUAGAUAUCAAGAGUUGUGCUCGACGGCAUAUCCUAAGCCACUGGAUAAAGCUAAGACCCCAUAUCUCGACGAGAGCCGCCCAGAGUUCGACGAGAACCCAGUAGACGACAAGGUGAACGAAAUUAUGGGGAUAGCCAAGUACGAGCUGCCGGAUGAGGGGCCGGGAGUGUUGAAAGAGCACGCCCCUGCGGUACUCAUGAAGAUCUUGUAUGGGGCCAGAGUCGGAAGGUAUGACCUACUGCGACCAGUACAGGUUCUGGCGUCGAGGCUGACGACCUGGACACAUCUCUGUGACAAGAGAAUGCAUAGACUGAUCUCAUACAUCAACGAGACGACCACAACGAGCCUCUACGGAUGGGUCGGGGAUAGGAUAGGAGACAUCCGUCUUGUACUAUACUGCGACGCCGAUCUUGCCAGCGACAAGAACGACCAUAGAGCGAGAACAGGCUAG